UACACAUCCGGUGGAACAUCUGUCUCAUUGUUCUAUCUGUGCCUCAAUGGUUCCCAGUUGUUCCGAACGCGACAUGUCUCAAGUGUGUGUUUAAGAUCCAACCGGCGAUGUCACGCAUCUAAAUUUACAUUUGUGUAAACGGUGUAACAACAGUGUGGGCAGAGGAGAAUCAUCAUGAAGACUCUGCUGGUGUUUGACUUCGACCACACCUUGGUGGAUGACAACAGUGACACCUGGGUCAUUCAGUGUAUCCCGGACCAAUGCCUGCCAGACCUGGUCAAGAACUCCUACCAGAAGGGACGCUGGACAGAGUACAUGGGCAGAGUCAUGUCCUAUAUAGGAGACCAGGACAUCAGCCCCGAUACAAUCCGAAGUGUGAUGGAGACAAUACCGUUUACAGAUGGAAUGAUUGAAGUGUUGACGUUCAUUGUGAGUAACAAGAACGACAUUGACUGCAUCAUUAUCUCAGAUUCAAACACAGUGUUCAUCGACUGGAUACUGCAGGUGGCUGGGGUUCAAGACGCGGUCGACCAAGUCUUCACCAAUCCGGCUGCGUUUGACAAGCGUGGCUACAUGGAGAUAGAAUGUUACCAUUCUCACCAGUGUAGCCAGUGCCCUGUCAAUCUGUGUAAGAGGAAAGUGCUGGCUGAUUUCCUAGCAGGGCAGUUGAAGGGAGGGGUAGAGUAUCAGAGAACUUUCUAUGUAGGGGACGGAGGGAACGACCUUUGCCCUUCCAACAGUCUAAGGGAAGGAGAUGUGGUGUUCCCUAGAAAGGGUUACACCUUGGAGAGGCUGCUCUCUAGACAGAGUCCACAACAAGGAGAGGGUUCAUCGAACCCGAGAGUCGUAGGAUGGACAAGUGGAAAAGAGAUCCUGAUGGAACUGAAAGCAUGUGUUCCCCUGUAGGGUUCAGCUCUUUCUCAUACUAAAUGAAGUGUACUUGCAACGAUUAAAAAGUAUACCAAAUGCGUGAGAGGGAAGGAUUGUGAUUGUGUCUUUGUCCUGUUUUGAAAAGUUUUUUGAAGAUCAUAUUUUAAAUCAGCAGGACUGUAAUCACAUCAGUCUCUCAGGUUCAGAUGCAAAUGAAUGUACAUCUUUGUGCUUAUUUUUGUCUUUAGCAAAUGUAGAGAGAUACAGAACCCAAUAAACAGACAAGGAAAAAAACAAAUCACACCUGUAAAUUACAUGUUAUAACUGUUUAUCAUUAAAUAUAUAUUCUAGGAUGUACAGUCAAUAAAAGACAUUGGCAUCACUUUUUACUAGGGCACUAUCUAUGUGAAAAAUGUAUUACCAGUCCUGUGUAUUAACAGUGCAAUAAUCUGUUGUCUCUACUAGGCUCUAUUGUGAGUGUUAUUAUAUAAAUGGCCGAUUACUGCUUCAGCAGUGCGGUUUCGUGGACCGUGACCCCGUCUCCCUGCCUCCUAAGAUAACCCUCUGUCUGUCCCUUUGUGUCAAUACGCUGAUAGUAGGACGAGGCGCGGUGAAUGUGAUUGGUCGAACGCUGUUAUUUGCGGCUGGUAAGAUUAUCAGAGGCGCUGCUGUCUGCGGCUGAGAUGCUCUGUCACAUCAGCUGAGCGCCUGCCGCGUCAGCCUAAAUAGAUAACGAAACUAAAUAGCGGAAUGUCCGGCGUUUAUUAGAUUGGUUGGUUUACAAGGGAAUUGCGCAUAUAAAUAAGGAUUUACAACAGAUGGCGUGUGAUGCCGUUUGACUCGCUCCAAACACAGGAUGCUUUAACAACAGGAAAAUAAACCAUGUCGAGCAGGUAGAUGUGUGGCUAUUGUUCAGUGAGCUGUGUUAAUGAUCUUCACUCGGGACUAUUUAGAUUGAAUAGUAUUCUGUCAAGUGUAUGUAGGUCCUAUGUGAAUGCAUUACAUUGUGUUUUAAAUAGGACGACUAAUAGAUCACAUGAUCAAAUACUCUGGAUCCAUUGCAAAUCCAUGUAUGUUUCCUGUCUGUGCUCAGUUCAUCGUUUUUUGCAAGGUGUUGCUGCUUACAGUAUUGCAAAAUGUUCAUUAUGCAAUGUUUUCUGUUUUAGCAAUAAACCCAAUUUGAUUCUA